CCUUCCCAGGUCAGUGACUCCAUGCCAGUGUCCAAAAGAAAAAUCACUCUCCGCCAGGUAUAAGCUAGAUGGUGCUCAACGGCGCGCUGUUCUUGCUCGUCUGCGCGGCUGCUCGGGCUGCUGCGUCGGGCGGAGACGGCCCGCUGCUGAAUGGGAACUUCGAGUACUUGCCGAACAGGCACCAGUUGAACGGCAUGAGGGUGAUUGAACCGCAGGCGAUCCCGUACUGGAGGGCCACCGGGCACGUGGAGUACGUCGAGUCCGGGGCCAAGCAGGGCGACAUGGUGUUGACGGUGCCGGAGGGGAAGCACGCGGUGCGGCUGGGUACCGAGGCCACCAUCCAGCUGCAGCUCAGCGUGACGCGGGGCAAGUACUACUCCGUCACCUUCAGCGCCGCGCGCACCUGCGCCCAGGACGAGAAGCUGAACGUGUCCAUCGUCCCCGGCAACCAGCCCGGCGAGCUCCCGAUCCAGACGGUGUACACCAGCAGCGGCUGGGACUCCUACUCCUGGGCCUUCUUGGCCACGCGAGGCCUCGUGCAGUUCGUCAUCCACCAUGGGGACGACGGGGUGGACGACCCCUCCUGUGGCCCCAUCGUCGACAAUUUUGCCAUCAGAAUGCUCAACCCUCCUCACGCCACCCACGAUAACAUGCUGGUGAACGGGGACUUUGAGGAGGGGCCGUACAUCACCCCCGGCUCGCCGUGGGGCGUUCUUAUGCCGCCGCUGCUCCAGGACCACGUGUCCCCGCUGCCGGGGUGGAGGAUCAUGGCGUCCUCCAAGGUCGUCAAGUACAUCGACUCGGCGCACUUCGCGGUGCCGCACGGCUCCCGCGCCGUGGAGCUGGUGGCCGGCCUGGAGGUCGCGCUGCUCCAGGAGGUACACACCGUGCCCGGGACCUCCUGCAGACUGGAGUUCUCCGUCGGAGACGCCGCCAACGGGUGCGCGGCGUCGCCCAUGCGCCUGCAGGUGGCCACAGCGGGCGCGAGCAAGACCGUAGAUUACAACUCCAACGGCACGGGCGGGUGCAACCGCGAAGCGCUCGACUUCACGGCCCAAGCGAACACCACCAUGGUGGUGUUCUACAGUAUGGGCUAUCACAUGACGUCCGACGGCAGCGGCACGCUCUGCGGGCCCGUCAUCGACGACGUCUCGCUCGUCUGCGUACCGCAGCACCAUGCUCGCCGGUUGCUUCGCUAACGCAUUCCACUUUCCACAAGCUGGCGGCAGAUCAUAUCAUCCAUACCCGUUAGCCGUGUUGUAGCAGGGCUGGAAUGUGGUUCUUUUUUUGUGUUUUCCCAAUUGUUUUGUGGCAGCUAGGAAGUAAAAAACGGCUAGCGAUGCUUGGAAAUUAGGCAAGAUUUGAAGAUAACUAGGAAGCUGUAUGAACGUGCGAUCAAUAAAAUGAGGAAUUAAUAUUUUAUCAAAUA